AUGCAAUCAAAACUUACUGGUGAUGAGCCGGGAAUGUGCAGAUACGCGCUGCAAAGUGGCAUGCUUGAUGAAGCACAUGCAGUUUUCUGCGAACAUGUUGCGCCAUAUACAGUUGUUACAGAUGAUUACGACUUGCUGGAUGAGUUUGGUGCGCUUUUCGAUAGAGUGAGUGAUAAAAUACCGGCAUGGGGCCCAGGAGGACAACUUUUCACCGACUUUUGUCAAUUAAAAAAGCGAUUGAACGAAGUGGAGGACGAUCAAGAGAUGAAAGAAAUCGUUGAAUUAGCACGUUCUGUUGAGCAACGGCUGCUCACUACGCCACUGAUCAAUCAGAUGCAGAGGUUCGUACUUUUCGCUUAUUUUUGCUUAUUUUGCCUUAGCUAA